AGAGCCGGGUGAAUGAAGAGGAAGUUGAAAGAUCAAACUACAGUGAGACGACGGCGGAGGAACGUGUUCAGAGUAGGAGGUGGGGGUGGAGAGCAAGACAUUUGCACUGAAAAGCUAGAAAGACGACCUCGCCCCUUUGCGAGUGCCAUGAUGUUGGACAUUCAUGGCUGGUUUUUCAACCACAGAUCCACUCAGGGUUAGCUGACUGUGGCUAGAAAAAAAAAACAUUGUACCUGGCCUGCCUGAUCUUAUAGACGCCAACAACUCGGCGUUUGGAUGCUCCUCCUUUUCGCACAUGGCGAACCCCUCCUAAAUCUGUUCCCCCAACCUAUCCCCAGACUUCCUCUCCACCCACCACAUCCCAUUCGACCACCUUCCUCACGCUUUCGUGAGAGUCCUUCUUUCUACAGCCAAUCUUUUAUAUACUUUAGCAUAUUCACUACCUCUUGUCCUGACCACUCUCAGCUUUUAACGGUUUAUGCUUAAUUUUCCCCUCCUUCUCAUAGCUCCGCCCCUGCAAUCAUUUUAAGCCAGUGAUUGCUGAUGAAAGGAAGCAUUUGCAAGCCAGAAGUGUUCAGCAUCAAGUGAGCUAACUUAGCCAGGAUCACAAUGUCCAGUUACUGUGGAGAUUCUAAACUGUGGGAUCUGGACCUCUUGCUGAAUUCCUCCUGGCCUCACUUCACGGCCUGCUUCCAGUCCAGCGUGCUGGUCUUCGUGCCCAACGGGUAUCUGUGGUGUGCGAGUAUCUUCUACAUACCCUAUCUCGUCGUUGGAAAACCAGGCUUGCCUCUACCCCACACUCCAUUUAAUGCAGCGAAAACAAUUAUUUCAGUACUCUUGACAGUUUGUGCAAUCAUCGCUGUCUUGUCAGAAUAUGGCUUCCAGUCAAAAACCAUUCCCUACCCAACCGCCCACUACAUCGCUCGCUUUGUGGAGGGCGCCACUUACUUGUUGGCAGCAGCACUGACGCAGAUAGAGCGAUGUAAGGUGUAAUUACAUCAGGCGUGUUGUUCAUCUACUGGCUGCUGUUAUCUAUUCUGGAUGCUGUGCCUCUCUACUCUUACAUCAUGUUGAAAAUGCCAGAAGAAGAUAUAGUUCGUUUUUCAAUAUUUCUUCUGUCCUACGCCCUCACACUGAUUCAACUUUUCCUGCAGGCUUUCUUCGCAGACGUUCCCAGAAACUGGCACUCAGGAGCUUGUCCGGAAAUUAAGGCAACAUUUCUCUCACAACUUACGUUUUCAUGGAUGACAAAGUUGAUUGUCUCUGGCUUUAAGAGACCACUAGAGGCUCAUGACCUUUGGUCUCUGAAUCCUCGUGAUGAGAGCACCUCGGUUGUGCCAGCUUUUGAGGAGGCAUUGAUUACUGCAAAAGCACACAAAAGCCACCAUUUUGCCAAUGGGGACUCCUACAGUUCUUUUCCUUCAGUACCGUAUAAAAGCGAAAGUCAUGCAAUCAUGGAUGACAAGAAAAAUGUACCCAGAAUGAGAAGCAACAGUCAUGAUGAUGUAAAUGAAAAUGCCACAGAAAUUGUACCCCUUCUGAGUGAUGGACCAAGCUCAGACUACAGGUCAGUAGACAAAAUGCAGCAUCAGUCACAAAAUACAGGCACAGUUCAAGGACCAAAUAUUAGAUGGAGCUUAACACAUGUCCUGAUCAGAACCUAUUGUACUGAUGUCAUGCUGUCCUACAUGUGCAAGUUCUUCUCAGACAUUUUGCAGUACAUAAGCCCACUCUUGCUUGGACUUUUUAUCAAGCACAUCCAGACACCAUAUGACCAGCCAUGGAAGGGUUUUUUUAUUGCAAGUGCCAUGUUGGCAGCAUCCUGGACACAAACUGCUUUUUAUCAUCAGCACUACCACAUUGCCAUGACAACUGGUAUGCGCAUGAAAAUUGCCCUUAUGUCCACCAUUUACAAAAAGUCAUUACUGCUGAGUAAUAAAGGUCAGCAGGAAGGUGGAACAGUUGGAGAGGUGGUGAACCUGAUGGCAGUGGACUGUCAGCGUGUUCAAGAUAUGAUGAGCUACACUUGGAUGGUAUGGUCCAUACCACUGCAAGUAAUGUUAGCAGUAUAUCUACUAUGGGACACUCUUGGAUUGUCAGUGCUUGCUGGAGUAGGGCUUCUUGUAAUUCUAGUGCCAGUUAAUGGCUAUCUGGCAUUCCAUCAACAGAACUUGCAGAAGCAGAAUCUUCAGUGGAAAGAUCGUCGUGUGAAACUAAUACAUGAAAUCUUAAGUGGCAUCAAGGUUCUAAAGCUGUAUGCAUGGGAGACAUCAUUUGAGGAAAAAGUGCUCAACAUCCGCAGAGAUGAAAUCAAAGUUUUAAGUAAAGUGGCACAUCUCAAUGCAUUCAGCAUUUUCAUCUGGACAUGUGCACCAUAUCUAGUCACUCUAGCCACGUUUGCCACCUACGUACUAAGUGAUCCAGAGGCAAGGCUUGAUGCCAACAAGGCAUUUGUCACACUAUCUUUGUUCAACAUCCUGCAGUUUCCUAUUUCAUUCAUUCCAGAAAUGAUCUCUUUUACUGCUCAGGCAUUAGUAUCCAUUAAACGCAUUGAGAAGUUUCUUAAACAAGAGGAACUGGAUCCCAGUCUUGUCAGCAAAAGUUCUAUGACAGAGAAAGCCAUUCAAAUUGAAAGAGGUCACUUCAGUUGGGACAGUCAGAAUGUACAUUCAGCCUUGAGCAGUAUCAAUAUUGAGAUCUCAGAAGGGGAGCUAGUUGCCGUUGUGGGUAAUGUAGGAAGUGGCAAGUCCUCACUUCUGGCAGCCAUGCUGGGCGAAAUCCAGUCUCUCCGAGGCAAGGUGGUCGUCAAGGGAAAUGUUGCCUAUGUACCUCAGCAAGCAUGGAUUCAGAAUGCCUCUUUGAAGGACAACAUCCUAUUUGGUCAAGUAUUUGAUUCCAGACGUUUCAAAAAAGUCUUGAGUUCGUGUGCACUUACAGCUGACAUUUCCAUACUCCCUGGUGGAGAGCUGACUGAAAUAGGAGAAAAGGGUAUCAACUUAAGUGGAGGUCAGAAGCAGCGUGUCAGCUUAGCACGUGCUGUGUAUGCAGAUGCAGAUGUUUAUCUUAUAGAUGAUCCACUUUCCGCGGUGGACAGUCAUGUAGGAAAACAUAUAUUCCGCAAUGUUAUCAGUGACAAGGGUCUUCUAAAGCACAAGACCCGUGUACUUGUGACACAUGCUGUACACUGGCUACCACUAGUAGACACAGUCGUGUUGCUGCAAGAGGGAAGGAUUGUGGAGGCAGGAUCAUAUCUGCAGUUAAUGAGACGUAAUGGACCCUUGGCACAAUACCUACACUUUGUGCUGUCAACUUCAGAUGACACCGACGCUGAAGAUGAUCCCGAAGUGUUUCAACUGCGAUGCAAGAUGAUGGAGCAUGUGGAGUCUGUCACCAGUACAUCAGAGGGAGGAACUUCUGGUGAUGAUGCAGCCUUCGCCAGAGAAAGCAGAAGGUUCUUACAAUCUCAGGAAAGUAAAAGUCUCCCACCUCACUCUCCCAGUGACGCCAUUAUGAUUUCUCCUUUUGCUACACAGUUGACAGAGGAGGAGCAGGCUGCUACUGGCAGUGUGAAGAUCACUGUAUUUGGUUCAUAUGCAUACCAUAUUGGACGCCUGUCUUGUGUGGUCAUCUUCCUGCUGUUUGCAAUGUACCAAGUGACCAAUAUCUAUGCCAGUUUCUGGCUCGCUGAAUGGACUGAGAACCCCAUUAUUCUGUCUUCUAAUGCUACAGCUUUGAAUGUCCAAAAAACCAACAAAUAUUAUCUGACUUUCUAUGGGGUGUUUGGAGCAUUACAAGCUGUAUUCAUCAGUCUCUAUGCUUGGCUUGCUGCCACACAAAUGGUAAAAGCAGCUGGAAAUAUGCAUGCUGCAAUGCUGGAUCGGGUCUUAAGGUCUCCUAUGAGCUUUUUUGACACCACACCAUCAGGAAGAAUUGUAAACAGAUUUGCACGUGAUGUUGAGACAAUAGACAACACAUUACCUCAGAUUUUCUUCAUGUUUGUCAUGUGCGUGUUUUCCGUUUUGAGCACCCUGUGUGUCAUCUCCAUCACCACUCCAUUGUUCAUGUCUGUCAUCUUUCCUUUGGCUGUUGGAUACUAUGCCCUACAACGGUUCUUUGUGCCAACUUCUCGUCAACUGAAACGAUUGGAGGCUGUGACACGUUCUCCAAUCUACAACCACUUUAGUGAGACGCUAUCAGGAGCAAGUGUUAUUCGGGCUUUUGGAGCCACUAAUCGUUUUGUUAGAGAGUGUCUGCAGAGAAUAGACAAAAACCAGGUCUUCUAUUUUGCUGGCAUCACUGCUAACAGGUGGCUUGGAGUGUGGAUAGAAAUGGUCAGCACCAGCAUUGUUUUUGCCAGCAGUGUGUUUGUCUUGGUCACACCUGAUAUAACAGGGGGUCAGGCAGGUUUAUCGAUCACCUAUGCCUUACAGAUAACGCAAGCCUUGAAGUGGCUUGUCCGUACUGUAAGUGAUCUAGAGACCAACAUUGUCUCUGUGGAAAGGGUGCAAGAAUACUCGGAACUUAAGACUGAGGCUCCUCGUGUGACAUCAGUAAGGCCAAGAUUAGGUUGGCCUAGUCAUGGAAAUGUCAUAUUGGCAAAUUAUUCUACACGGUAUAGGCCUGGACUUGACCUGGUAUUGAAGCAUAUUGAUGUCAAUAUCAGGGGUGGUGAAAAGGUGGGUAUAGUAGGAAGAACGGGUGCUGGCAAGUCUUCACUGACCCUUGCACUCUUCAGGUUAAUAGAGGCAACAACAGGAACCAUCAGUAUUGAUGGGGUUGAUAUAAGCUCUCUUGGAUUGUGUGACUUGCGCUCCAGAAUUACCAUCCUGCCACAGGAUCCAGUUGUCUUCUCUGGAAGUUUACGCAUGAACCUUGACCCCUUUGGCCAGUUUUGUGACCGAGAACUGUGGGAUGCACUUCAUCAUGCUCAUCUGAUAAGCUUUGUGCGGGAGUUACCCGAUGGUCUAGAAUAUCACUGUGGUGAAGAGGGGCGACAUCUCAGUGUGGGGCAGAGGCAGCUGUUAUGUCUGGCAAGAGGACUAUUACGCAGAACAAAAAUCUUGAUUCUAGAUGAACCAACUGCAGCUGUUGAUUUAGAGACAGAUCUCUUGAUACAGGGUACAAUUCGUAAAGAAUUUGCAGACUGCACUACAAUAACCAUAGCACACAGACUCAACACCAUAAUGGACUAUGAUAGAGUCUUAGUACUGGCUGAUGGACAAGUGAAAGAAUUUGACAAGCCAAGUACACUACUAAAUGACAAGGACAGCAUCUUCUAUGGACUGGCACAUGAUGCUGGCCUGCUGUGAGGUCUAAAACUUGUGCCAUCCUUGCAUCAACUUCCAAAAAUUUUGUCCAGAAACUUGCUAUCUACAUCGUAUAAGUUUUAAUAUGUUCAGUUACUAUGCUUCUGAUUUCUGGCUAGGUCUCUUCAUUUCCAUGUUAUCAUAACUAAAUUUAAUAUUACUUUCAAAGAUAGAAAGAAAGUAAAAAAAUUAUUGAUCUAACCUUUCAGACUAAAAUACACACUUUGAUGAAUGGUCCUACCAUUGACAGAACACUUUGCUUAUAAUGGCACAUCCAAAUGUGCAUUAAAAAGCCUUGAAAUGCUAUCAAAUAACAAUUAAUACAAUGUACUUUAAGACCCCAGCAAACAUACACCUAAAUUCACUUAUGCACUCAGCAGAAGUUCAAGAAAAACAGAUAAAAAUUGUGUAUAUAUAUAUACACACAGAAAUAUUUUUUAAAUGUGCACAAAACCUUCAAGUCUUGCUGCAUUUUUCCAAAUCUCACUCUGGGAACCAUUUCUACUCUGUUCCCCUCUUACUCCUCAUUUUUUUCACAGCAUUGCCACUUGUGACAAGUCGUGUCAGUGUAACGGUUGUGUGCUUCUUUUGUUACUAUUACACUAUUUUUUACGACUUGAAUUUUUGUAUAUUACCAGAGUUCUUUGUUGACUUAUUUGUAAGAAGAAAUAUGUGAUAGGUGUGUGUGUGUUCAGGAAAGAUGAGGUUCACUAUUUUACUUAAAUUUCAGCUUACACAAGCAGUCUUGGUAUGCAUGGGUCAUGUAUGGCAGGGCUUUACUGUACAGCCUAUAUAUGUGAAAAUAAUUACAGUGGAACAUCUGUCAUCAAGAUCCCCAGAAUACACUUCCACAUGAACAGUCAUCUGCUAUUGCAGUUUACCUGUGACAAUUCUCUCAAAUAUGUUUACACUGGCAACUGAAACCUACAUUAAUAGCACAAUUCAAUUUAUUUAUAAGAUACCUAGAUACUUCAUACUCAUUUUGGGGGGACUUUUAAUAUUCAGUUUUGUAUGGUAAACUAGACUAUUUCAGCUAGUCUACUUUUAUUUUUACAUACUACUUGACGGAAUUAAAUCUAACUUGUCCUUGUCAUAUUUCGACCUGUUCAGACUUGAGAAACUGCAAUAUGUUGUGUGAUCAGAUUUCCUAGCUCUCAUAUAAAAACAAAUAGAAGAAAGCUUGUGAAAAAUCAGCAGAUGUAUCUGUAUGAAAAGACAGGAACUAGUAUUCUUUACCAGUUUUAACUAUGGCCCACUAAGCAUAUGCAGGGAUGGGAGUGUGCUGCAGGCAGGGAAGGUUUUUGCAGGAUACUUGCAGCAUUGCAAGCAGUGACCACAGUAAACAGGUUGUUCGAAAGAACUGUUUGACUUUUCACCAACAAGAGACAAGCAUAUUGUACACAUUUUAGUCUUUCCAUUUUUCUGUACCUAUUAAGCGCAGAGAUCACUUUAAGAUACAAGAUCAUGCAGGUUUUAAAAAUAAGCAGCAUUUAGAAAAUGAAGAGAGCUUUCUGUAUUGUUACUGGUAAGCUAAGAUCUGAUUAGCAUAAAUCGCAAAGACUAUAUUAAAUUUUCAUUGCAUUGUAACAAUUGUAAUGUACAUUGUAUUACCAGUUAAAAUAAUAUACACAUGCAGAAAAUCAACUGGUGUUCAAGCUUUUCUUGCAUUAUUACUAGCAGUACAUUUAUGUAUAUUCUUUAUAGAGCACCUGUGCCAUAGUAGGCCUUGCUAUGUAUUUGUGUAGUAUUUGGGUAUUUGUUGAUAAGUUUCAGUCUCAGAGAAUUUACUGAAUUAUACAAAGUUCAAAGCAUAUGUUAUGAUCCGCAACUGUUUUUGGUAUUAUAAGCCUACAUUAUAUAUUUGCUGGCUUUAUUGUCAAAGUCAAGCAUUUGAUUAUGUGUGUAUAUUAUAUAUGUUACAUCUUUUAUGCUGCAGUUUUUAAUCAAGAAUUUUCAAAUCAGUAUUUUCGUAAAAAAGAUGUUAAACUAUACACUGCCAUUUUAUGUUUUUCUUUACUUCAAUACAGGAUGAUUUAACUACAUUUACAAAUUGUUAUCAUGUAUUUGUCUAUUGUUGGUAGGCUGGCUGGUAUUCUAAUAAAACUUGGAUAGACACUUGCUAAAAAAAAAAAAUGGUAAGUUUGUAAAAUAAUAACAAUAAUAACACAUAUAGAUUAACGCAAUAGAACAUGCAAACAUCUACAGAACAUCAUAUGUCAAGAUGAAAGAUAUGUAGUAUUUGCUCCCAGCUUGCUCAAUCCUGCUGAAGAACUGAGCAAUACUGCAAAUGCCCAACCCACACUACAGUUCCAAUAAAGUUAGCUUAUAAAGUGUUUAUCCUUGCCUGUCACAGUAGGUGGUGUAUAAAAUAAGAUGAUGACACAACAAAAUGUAGGUUGCAACAGACUAUGUACUUCAUGCCAAAGGCUACCAUAAGAAACAUCUCACUCCAAGCACCAGAUGGUCCAGGUUGCAUUGGAUAGACACAAUUCAGUCCUGUUUGUCAUAUAUGUGUGUAUCCUUGCGCACAUGCAUUAUGUAUGAGCCAACGAAGGUUUCGUAAAAAAAUAUGUCAAAAGCAUUGCACCCCCUUCUUCUAAAAUCAACUAUUCAUCAUCAUCUGAUGUAGUCUGUGUAUGUAAUUUUUAUGUUAUAUGACCUCUCUGUGUAUAUUGUCAUUACAGUUGCAGAGGUUAUUCUGUUUGACACUUCCUUCCAGAUCUUUGAUAACAAUAGAAAAGAUCUCUCUUGUAAAUUUCUGUUUCAGUUAAUUCAAGCUAAUACUUCACCAUCAGUAUUUAGCAUAUUAAGGGAGCACAUGGUACUUAUUAUGCUUAAACUAAAAAAAGAGUUGUCUAUAGUGUUAAAAUACACUGAUAAAGAUCAAUGUAAAUGUAAAAGAUAGAGUCAAAUGUACAUCAGAUAUAUUGGCAUAGUUCUUAAUGUUGGAAAAGCUUACAUUUUGAAUAAGUCUCCAGACAGUUAUUUCCUGCAGGUUUUUACUACUUAGCUACUUCAUGAAUGGAAUUUUCCUCAAAAUUUACUGUGCUGGUAAUUUUGCAUCCGUGAUUUUAAUUUCAGCUGUGCAAGUCUUUAAAGUAAAUAAUAAUAAUAAAUGAAAGAUUUGUGUAGCGUAUACUCUUAGCACUUAAAUAAAAGUUUGCCCUUGUA